CUUUACGUGAUGUUUGAACACCUAUGUUUCAAACGUGGGAUCAUCGAACUGAAUUGAACUAUGUGGAGAGAAAACAUGACUUUGUAAUUUAACGAUUUUUAAUUUUCAGCUUUUUAAUUUUCAACUUUAUUAAAGAAUUAAUAGAUUAAAAACUAAUAAAAAAUAUUAAAAUAAUUAAUUUAGAAACGUCAGUGAUAAACUUAAUUAUUUAUUACUGUGCUUAAAAAUGACAGUUAACUUAGAAGAUGCAAAAAAACAAUUUAUCGAUUUGAUGCGAAAUUUAAACAAAAAAGAUCAAGAACAAUUCUUUUCUUUUAUUUUGCAAGAAUGGAAACCUAUGGAAACUGUAUUCCAAUAUCGACCAGUUGCAGGUGAUUUUAGGAAAGAUAUGGAGGAUGCAAUUAUAGAUGAUCCUGUGUUCUUAUUAAAUUCAAUUGCAUAUGAUAUAAGGAAAAGAGUUCCCUUUAAUGGAAUAUUAUCUACAGAACAUAUAAAAUUUCCUAAAAAAGGAGAGAACUCGGACUGCGAAUCUAAUGUAACGUUGCAUGUUGAUGAAUUUCUUUAUGACGACGAUGAUAUGAAUGAAUUAAUAGAUAAUGGAAAAUUACAAAAAUAUUAUUGUAUUGAUUGUGGAUCACGAAAUAUAAAACCAAUAAUAUUCAUUUCGCAUUCCAUGUCAAGAGAUGCUUUGUAUUUCAUAUUUAACACCUUAUUACCAACUUUAAAAGGAAAAACGGUAUUGGAUAUUGGAUCAAGACUAGGUGCAGUUUUGUAUGGUGCAUAUGUCUAUACAGAUGCUAGUAAAAUCAUUGGCAUUGAAAUGAAUAAAGAAUUUUGUGAUCUCCAAUGUAGCAUUGUAAAUCAAUAUAAAAUGAAUGAUAGAAUUGAAAUUUUACAUAAAAAGAUUGAGGAUGCUCCAGAAGUGGUAAAAAUAAGUGAUGUUAUUAUUAUGAAUAAUCCUUUUGAAUUUUAUUUAUCUGAGUCUGUACAAGUAGAAAUGUGGAAAUUUUUGAAAGAUAAUUUAAAGAAAGGAACAAUUCUUGUUGUACGUCCAAAUAUUGAAACAAUGUUAAAAGAUUUACAAACAGGAAUCGUAAUAAAUGAUUGGUUAAAACCUCUUUCACAUCAGUCAAAUAAUCAAGAAGUUUCUUCUUUUUCAUCUGUUACUAGUCAAGACGAUGACAAAUAUGAUAACAUUGUAUGCUAUGAAAUUAAAUAAAAGAUAUGGACAUUUUAA